AUGUCGACUGUUAUGGAUUUUAACAUGAUAAGGUUAGCAGCUUUGACACUAAAGGCUAAAGUAAGUGAUAUCAUUUUUGAUGGUGCUUGGGUUAUUCGUGAAAAAACAAGAGAUUUGAUGAUUCGUUGUAAUGUUGAUGUGGAAAACUUGCCAGUUAUUGCUGGUGGUGAGGAUUAUAAAAUUUGGGAUUUAGAUAGCAAAGGAGUUUUUUCAGUUAAGUCGGCUAAGGCCGCUCUUAAGAUGCCGGCAGAAGUUGUGCCUUGUGCAAAUCUGUUUACUAGACAGGUUGUGCACCCUACCUUGAGUGUGCAAUACUGGAAGAUUUGGGCCAAGCAAUGUUGUGCUAGUGAAGACAAUAUUAUUAAGAAGACAGGUAGGAGCAUGCCUACUAUGUGCCGCUUAUGCAGGAAAAGUUGCGAAACUCUUAGCCACAUCACUUGGCAUUACAGAGUUGCUAGGAGGAUUUGGGCUUGGGUGGCUGGAAUUUUCAAGUUGGAUCCAAAUGAAGACCUGGUGGACUCGUAUAAGGCUGCUAAGGGUAGAAGUAGAAUGAUAAAGGACCUGUGGUUGGUUGCAAAUCUUGCAAUUGUCACGGAGUUAUGGAAGUUAUGUAAUAAGUCUUAUUUUGAUAAUAUGGUUGUUCAAUGGCUGGGCUUUAAAGGGAGAGUUUAUCAGGUUAUUCGUGAUAAUUCAAUUAUAAUGAAAGGCCACAUGCAUAAUACUUUAGAGGAGUUACGCAUUCUGAAUUAUUUCAAAGUGCGGCAUAGAUGA